CUGGAAGUUAACUUUAUUUUCCAGUCAGAGGAUUUCUUCUCCGUGGUUGAGGCGCACAAUGGUCAACCGUUACGUCUUUACGUUUACAACAGCACAACUGAUCAGUGUCGCGAGGUGACCCUGAUUCCUAACCUCUCUUGGGGCGGAGAUGGUAUGCUUGGCUGCGAAAUUGGCUUUGGCUACCUCCACCGAAUCCCUCCACCUCCGGCAUCAGAACCCAAAGUCCCUCAUAUUCAUCCUCCUCUCGGUAGUGUUGUUGCUCCUAGCGGUUUGAAUUCUACUGCUAUACCAAUGAACGAACAGUUAGCUAACCAACAGUCGUACCAACAAAACAUGUCACAGCAGCUACCUCUCAGCAAUCAAGUUUAUCCUUCUCUACCUCCUCAAUGCUCCCCCACUGAAGUGACGAGCGGGCCACUUCCACACCCCCCGCCAGCGUAUCCAUCGGUGGAAUCAAUAGGCGGUGUGACUCUGGCGCCGCCAGCACCACUACCGAGUAAUCUGUUUGAAGGCAUCAAUUUCACGCCACCAUCUACCCCACCUGCUCUUGUUUUGCCCUCGACGGACUGUCAUGAAGUUCAGCUAGAAACAACGCCUCCAGUUCCCAUGACAUCGCCUUCACUGUUAGUAGAGGCUCAACAACAAAUGACACCACCUCCGCCUCCACCUCAGGCGCCGCUGGCCGCUAUGUUUGCCCCUACAUCUCAGCUGCCUGUGCCACCGCAGAUGCAGUCAUUCGCAUCGGUGCCUGCGCCCACUUUCUCAGUUCCGCUUAUUCCGACCACCAAUGUUGCUCCUCCGGGAAUGCCACCGAUCUCUGUUCAGAUGCCUCCCACCGAUCUUUGUAUGUGGCAUACUUUCCUUGGUGUCCCAUAG